CGGCUCGGAGUGUUGACGCAAUCAGCUGUAAGUUUAAGAGUUCAGAAGCAGCAGCGGCUUUAAUUUCACUCCACAUACGCGUUCAUGAGAAGCACAAGGGUUGUAUAUUAGUUAAAGUUGUCGAGUUGAAAGCAUCAUGGCCAGCGCAGCUGCCAACGAGAGUUCUUCUGCAACUAAUGGACAGACGUCAGGAGAAAACGGCAGCACGCAGGACAGCACUUUUGAAUGCAACAUCUGUCUGGACACAUCCAAAGACGCCGUCAUCAGUCUGUGUGGUCAUCUCUUCUGUUGGCCAUGCUUGCAUCAAUGGUUAGAAACCAGGCCGAACAGACAGGUGUGUCCUGUUUGUAAAGCAGGCAUCAGUCGGGAUAAAGUGAUCCCGCUGUAUGGAAGAGGCAGUACAAGUCAGCAAGACCCAAGAGAGAGAACUCCUCCACGACCACAAGGACAACGGCCAGAACCGGAAAAUCGUGGCGGAUUUCAGGGAUUUGGCUUUGGAGAUGGAGGAUUCCAGAUGUCUUUUGGGAUUGGGGCUUUUCCCUUUGGGAUGUUUGCCACAGCAUUUAACAUCAAUGAUGGGAGACCACCACCAGCAGCCCCAGGCACCCCUCAGCAAAUGGAUGAGCAGUUCCUGUCCCGCCUCUUCCUGUUGGUGGCGCUCCUCAUCAUGUUCUGGUUGCUCGUCGCUUAAACGAUUAUGAUCUUAUCUUAUCAGGACACUAUAAUUAUUUCUCUCAGCGGAAUAACUGCUAAAGAGCCGCUAAUAAUAAACCUACAGAGAUCGCAAUAGUCCCAUCAGGUUUCAGUCGAACAUGUUUAUUUUGAUCUGUUUGAGAGCCCUGAUGCGAUGCUGAUUAAUCAGGGGAAAAAAGGAACGUGUUAAACCAUAUGGGGGUCUUUUUCUAUGAAAGAGAUGCAAUGCUUGCAUUGUGAUCGCAUGUCUGUGAUACUGUGAAUUGUGAUUGUAUGCAAGCAACAUUUUUCUGCUUAUGUCCAAUUUUCUUCCCAGAUGAUUUUAAAUAAAGGGUCUUAUUUCUUUUAGAUUCAAUCAUUCUUUGGGUUCUCUAAAAAAUAAAUCUUAAUUAUAAAAAAUUAAAAAAAGCGUUUUUGUUUGCAAGUGUAGGGCCUGAAAAGAGGCGUCACUCCUCCCAUCAAGCCGAAAAAAAAUAGUAAUUGUAUUGCAAGUGAUGAGCAUGCACUAGUUUGCCUUUUAUUUUAGACCAACAAAAGCCAUAUUGAAAAAGUGUUUUUUAAGAAUAACGGAUUCAUCAUGUGUGCAUAAGAAAGGUCUUCAAGCUACUUCAUUCUGGCUUUGGCAAACACACUGCACUUCUUUGCAUCUUUAAAUUUAAACAUAAAUAUUUUAUGCUGUUUUUUUAAAUCUUUCACUGCAAUUUGAUGGAAAUGUGUCAUGCAGUUGAAAUGCAUAAA